CUCCAAAGUGCCACUUGCCAGCAGGUGGAGAGUUGCAACAAAUACUUGGGGAAUAAAACCCUCUCUGUCCAUCUAGCCCAGAGAAAGAUACCUGCCCAUGGGGCAGCCCAGGUCGUGCAAGGUGGCCGCUUGUGACAGCCGAUAAGGACGAGAGUGAGAGAGGGGGGCAAUGCCCUUGACUUAGGUGGGCUCCCCUGGUGGAGAGUGCUGUGCCCAGAUUUCCCCUAAGUAGGUUACAGUCUAUUUUGGGUCCGGCUCUUGCCGCCCAGAGCAUCCGAGUGGCUGCCCCUGCUUUCAGUGCAUCAGCAGCAGGUGGCAGGGGGAGGCGCCCGGGCAGGCUGCAAGGGGAAGCGAUAACACUGUCUCUCUAGUAGCCGGGCUCGCGCUCUCGGGCUCCUAGCGUGCGUAGCUGGUGCUUCCCGCCUCGCUCACAGCCCGGAGGGUCCAAAGCCACGGAGCAGCUGCCACUGCCUCCUCCCGCCUCCAGCCUCCGCCCUCCCUGUCUGUCCAGUCGCAAGCGCGCAGGCAACUCGCCUCCAGCUCGGACUCAGCCUUGCACACGGCUCGGCGCUCCCAGAGCUCUGCGCAGCCUGCACCCUCCGCGAGUGUGUGUGUCUGUGUGUGCGCGCGCGUGUGCCAGUGUGCCGGGGUGGUCUGUGGAGUCCAACCAGCGUCCUCCAGGCACUGCCUCCCGAGCCCAGCCCAGCAAGCCCGCUAGCCAGCCAGCCCUCUCCGCGCAGCAGCAUGAAUGUCAGGCGGGUGGAAAGUAUCUCUGCUCAGCUGGAGGAAGCGAGCUCUACAGGCGGUUUCCUCUACGCUCAGAGUGGUACCAAGCGCAGCAUUAAAGAGCGGCUUUUGAAGCUCUUGCCCUGCUCGGCUGCCAAAACGGCAUCUCCUGAUAUUCAAAACAGUGUCGAAGAUGAAAUGGAAAUGGCCACCGUGCGGCAUCGGCCAGAAGCUCUUGAACUGCUGGAAGCCCAGAGCAAAUUCACCAAGAAGGAACUUCAGAUCCUUUACCGAGGAUUCAAGAACGAAUGCCCCAGUGGUGUUGUUAAUGAAGAAACCUUCAAGGAGAUUUACUCUCAGUUCUUUCCACAGGGAGAUUCAACAACAUAUGCACAUUUUCUGUUCAACGCAUUUGAUACUGAUCACAAUGGAUCUGUGAGCUUUGAGGACUUUGUGAUGGGUCUUUCCAUUUUACUUCGAGGGACAGUACAAGAAAAACUCAACUGGGCAUUUAAUUUGUAUGACAUAAAUAAAGAUGGAUAUAUAACUAAAGAGGAAAUGCUUGACAUAAUGAAAGCGAUUUAUGAUAUGAUGGGUAAAUGCACAUAUCCUGUCCUUAAAGAGGAUGCUCCCAGACAACAUGUGGAAACAUUUUUCCAGAAAAUGGACAAAAAUAAAGAUGGGGUAGUUACCAUAGAUGAAUUCAUUGAAAGCUGCCAAAAAGAUGAAAAUAUAAUGCGCUCCAUGCAACUCUUUGAAAAUGUGAUUUAACAUGUUGGUUAGAUCUUGAAUUUAAUAGACAAAUGUGAACUAUUCUAAAACAAUACUUAAAGUUGGAGUUACCACUUUUAGCAUAGACUGCUCAGCUUUACACUGAAGCAUAUUAUGCAAAUAAGCUUUGUUUUAUUAUAAAGCCAUCCCCCAAAUUAUUUGUUUCCAAGAUAUCAAUUUUCAUCCUUUUCAUUAUGCCACUGAGUUAAUGGGAUGUUCCAAAAAUUUCCUCCCAUGAAGCAAUUCAAAGAAAUGGUACCUGAGAAACACAAUUUUACGGAUACUCCAACCCUGGGAUUAUUGAGGCUUUUGCACAUCAAAGUGAUGUUAUGAUAGUGGUUUUUGCUACCCAUUUGUAUUAGAAUCCAUGCCCAGGAUUAUAAAUGUUUUUUCUAAAAUAUUGGCAUCAGUGUUUAAUUUACAGAAAUUAGAUUUCAUUUCCAUAUUUGUAUGCUGUAAUCCCAUUUAUAUACUUUGAGUAAACAAAAACAAUUAUCGCUAUUAAAAAAUUAUUAUGCAGUCCCUGUUUUUGUGGGUUUUCCUCCUUUUGUUGAAGUCUCCUUUUGUUGAAGCCUUCAAUUCAUUUAUCUGGAAUUUUUCUACCAUUAGAACUAAAACAAUUUAUUACCAUGCGACAGCAUACUUCUUUUUAGCAAGGCUUAUUAAUAAGUAUUUGUUGGUUUUCCCUAUUAAAACCCAAAUCCCACAUAACAUAUAUAAUUUGGGACUUGCUCAAUAUAAUAGCCCUAACUAGGCUUCACUCUUCCUAUGAGAGAAAGAAAAAUUAGUGGAUCUGAGUAUCACUAAAUGAAUGUCCAAGUCGACAAUGUCCACGUUGUCUACAGUGAAAACAAGGACUUAACCUUCUCACUAUCUAGAUUUAAAUUAAGGUUUACUAAUAGAUGAGCAUCUACUAGUAUAUAUUAAUUAUUAACAACAAUCAGUCUAAGGUCAGGUUUCUCUCUAGCCUGAACUUGCCCCUUGCAAAUCUGUGACACAGACCUGCAAAGACAAAGAACACUUGACUUGACUAUACAAUGGGAAAGAACAUUAGCAUAAUUUCAUUUUGAAGGAAAACAAUUAUAUUAAUGACUAUAAUAAUGGGACAGUAGAGCAUAAGUUAUCAUUUCAAUUAUUUAACCUGAUUAUGUGAAUGGAUUAACAGCACACAAGCCCCAAAUAUUAAAUAUCACUGUUACUUUCAAGGAUCUAGGCCUAUAAUAUAAAGUUUCCACACUAAUAAAAGAUACAACCAUUUUCAUUUUUUCUGCAAACAUCACAAAGACAAAGAAACUUGUGGGGCAGAAGGAGUUUUGUAACUGUUUCACAAAAAUAAAUCAGGGAUCUAUUCUGGUGUAAAGAUAAGAUGCUGAAGGAUAUUCUGCUAUCACCAGUGUAGGAAUAAGAGUAGUACAAUACAUGUACACCUGAAAUUUGCCAUUAGACUGUGUGUGUAAGCUCAAUGUAUACAUUUUGUAUUUUGAAAAGGAAAAAUAAACAAAAGUAGAAUGUAUAUAACUCUAA